UAACCACGCCCUGUGCGAGGUGACGUCAGUGGGAGGGUCCAAACAAAGGGCAGCAGAAGGGAGUCCACAAUGGGAGACAGUUUUCUUGAGCAGCUGAUAGAGGACAGCGCCUUCCUCAAAGCUGAGCGGAGACUGGACACAGAGCUGGUGGAUAAACUCAUCCUGCAGCUCAACAGAAUCUACCCGCAAAUACUGUCAGACAAGGAGGCCACCAAGUUCAGAAACUUGGACGUGCCCACUAGUGUUCGAGUGGGUGAGCUCCUGGCACACCUGCGGGGGAAAGGAGAAGAGGCAUGCAAGGAAUUUUACAGGGCUCUUCACUUGCAUGUAGAGGAGGUAUACUACAGCUUACCCACACGACUCCGCCUCAGAGAUUCCUUAGAUCCACUCGCAUAUCCACGUGUCUGCAAACAGAGAUAUGUUAUGAACGAAAGAGGUCCCCUCUUCUUUCUGGGCUGUUUCAGCGUUGCAGUUGGAAUGGCUUUACUCUAUUACUACAGUGAAGCUAAACUGACGGGAGGCAGCCGGGCCCUCGGGAUGGCUGGUCUGGGUUUGAAAAAAAAAGCUCAAGAGGUGCUUAUAUGGUACACUGAAGAAAGUCUCAUGAAGUAAGGCGUGACUCCCUCACACCAGGCGCUUCAGCAAAACUUCUCCAAUGAAUACUAUUUGUACCAAAGCACAGCACACUAUAUCUUUUCAGGGGUUCAAUACUAAUUUUGUACACAGUUGUAUAUAUUAUUUUUUGUGUGAUCUAAAAACGAGAAAGAUGGGGCAUAUUUGGAGCUACAUUUGGCACUUUGUGUCGUAUUUCCUCUUAUGUUGAUACCUAUUUAAUUUGGGUUAAAGGGAUGACUAAACUCAAGGGAUGAACACAAUAGAAUUAAAAAAACAAACAGAUUAAACAAGUUGUUCUCGCUACAGACUUCAAAUGUGGUGUAGAGCAGCUUUUACAAACUAGUUAAACAAGAAAAACAUUGACAGCAUUAGUGACAAAAUUGGGAAUUUUAAUAUUAACAGUCAAUAUUAACACUUGGAGGUACACUCUUAACUAUAUAGGUUUAGCUGUUUUACAUCACCACAAAAGGAUAAUAGCUAGUUAAUCAGUAUAUUUUGCAGCCAUAUAAUAAUGUCCCAUAAUUGCACAAAGCAAACACAUAGACUGUAUGUGCUUGCUUCCUCUUUGUUAUCAAGACAGAUUACAGAUAGACAGAUUUAGUUUCCAACUUUUUAUUUGGGUUCAGAAAACACUAUUUCCGUUCAGUGUGCUGAACUAUGCACAUUUGUUUGAGUAAUGAAGAAGUAUGUUUCAUUUUCUGUUUCGUUACCAUUGAUGUCAAGCACACUAAAACGAGCGUAAGCAUUUCUACAUACACCCCGAAUUCAGGAAGAAACAAUAUAUUACUGUCCUGCAGUUGCUCUCCAUGAGGCUGAUCUCAUAGUGGAACAUGGCCGCCAUCUUGUGGUGUAAAGAAUAGCUACAUCAUCAAACAACAUCUGGCUUGUGUUGGCUUCAUAAGAGCUUCCAGAAAUUAAGCGGCUCAUAUUUCCACAUAAAAUAGCUCAGUCGUUUGAAAAACCACGAAUCAAAUUAAGCUGUGGCUGUAUAUUUAUGCUUUAGGCGAGUUCAUAGUGAGCUUCGGAAUCACAUCUAUGUCCCAACCAAUGAUAUCCCGCUCUACCAGCGCGGUGCAUCAUGGGUAGCGAUACGACCAAAACAAUACAAAAGUCGAACUUAUCAUCGUAACAAUGAAGCUCAACCGCGAAUCAACGUUUUUCUUAGAGUACACAUUCAGUAGUCGUGUUUUGUAGAUGUAUUAUUUAUAUAAGUGAAAAUUGCACCCUAAGUGAAACUGACUCACAUUAUUCCGUCUAUAUAACGUGACGUUGUAGGUAGAUAUAGUUGUGUUGUAUGAAAGGAGAGAAGGUUAGCACUCCCCUUGACAAGGAUGGAAUUGGCCCUUGUGGCCUGCAACACAUAUACGGUUAAGGCAUUGCCACCUACUUCGUGGCAUCUCUAACCAAAUUUUUU